UCUGGCCCCUGUCUGUCUCUCUGUGUCUCUUUGAUCCCUGUCUGUCUCACUGUCUCUGGUCUGUCUCUCUGUGGUCCCUGUUUGUUUCUUUGUAUCUGGUCUGUCUCUCUAGUGUCUGUCUCUCUGUGGUCUGUUACUCUGGUCUGUCUCACUCUCUUUGGUCUGUCUGUCUCUCUCUGAUCCCCCCCCCCCCGGGCCUCAGUCGGACCCUCUCUCAGGGGACACGGUCCCCCGGUGUCUCUCUCUCUCCGUCAUGUUUUGAACCAGUGUAAAUAGAAACCAGGCCGUUCACUCCGCCUCCUCCAGUCCGUCGGUGGGAGGGCAGACCUGCGGGGGAGCGGGCGCUCGGUGACGGCAGCUGUGUUGUGGAAGGAGCCGCUGCUUGCGGAGCUCACUUCGCCGGAGAGUUUUAAAAAGGAGCUAGCUUUUAGCUGUUAGCCGCUAGCUCGUUAGCUUCGGGCUAAAAACCAACCAGGGUCGUGAACGCGCCUGCUCGUCGCCGCAGUGAGCUCCUGUUCAGCGUCUGUCGGGGAUCAACAUGGUGACACUGACGUCCGUGGUCCGCCCGCUGGCCGCACAGCUCCAGCGGCGGCUCCACGGGCAGCUGCACCGGCGGCUCCCCGCUCACACCGGGGGUCGGCACCGGAUCACGCCCGUCAGGAGCUGCAACCUCUCGGCUUGUUCCAGCAAAUAUGUCCUGUCUCAGAUGCACCCCAUGUGGCAGGGACCCCUCGCGAUACCAGGAGGCGAUCGCCAGUCUCCCAUCGACAUCAUCGCACGGAAGAGCGUCUUGGACACCGAGCUGAAGCCUCUGGUCACCGAUUAUGACCCAGACACCUGCCAGCAGAUCUGGAAUAACGGUUACUCCUUCCUGGUGGAGUACGAUGACACCACAGACAAGUCCACGCUGAAAGGGGGCCCCCUGAGAGACAAAUACAGGCUGUGUCAGUUCCACUUCCACUGGGGUGAGAGCAACGCCUGGGGCUCGGAACACACCGUGGACAGGAAGCUGUUCCCCGCAGAGCUCCACUUGGUUCACUGGAACUCUGACAAGUACAGUCUGUUCGAGGAGGCAGUGAUGGAGGACAACGGACUGGCUGUGAUCGGAGUCUUUCUAAAGGUUGGAAAGAGACACGAGGGGCUGCAGAAGCUGGUCGACGCUCUGCCUGCGAUCAGACACAAAGACAGCGUCGUGGAGUUCAACAGGUUCAAUCCCGCGUGUCUGUUACCCGCCAACACUGACGACUACUGGACGUACCACGGCUCCCUGACCACGCCCCCUCUGACCGAAUCUGUCAGCUGGAUUGUGAUGAAGCAGCACAUUGAAGUCAGCCACGAUCAGCUGGCCGUCUUCCGGAGCCUCCUGUUCACCUCGGCUGAGGAGGAUGUGCAGAAGAGUAUGGUGAACAACUUCCGUGUGCAGCAGCCUCUGCGUGGUCGCACCGUCCGCUCUUCCUUCAGUCCCUUCCUGCAGGGGGCGCCAUCAGCUGACGGCGACCAUCACUGCCACUGACAAUGCUGGACCCAGUACACACACACACUCAAAGAAACACACACACACACACACACACACACACACACACAGAAACACUCACACACAGUUCUCUGUGAGCAAAACGAAAAAUGUCCUACAUGAUCGUGUUGAGCAGAAAACCUACUUUUAAAGUUUCACCGGGGAAACUUCAUUUAUAUUCUUCAUGCUGUUCAUUGUUUUAUUAUUACAAACAGUUUUACAUGGAGGGACGAGGGAAACGUCUGUUUUAUGGGUAGUUGAGAUUCAUAUUUAGGAGACUUGGUUCCUGUGGGGAAAGUAUAUAGUUAUUAACAUGAGUCGUAUUUAUAACUUAUUUCAUAUGAUCAGUUUCUGUUUUUUACCAGAAAUAAGACUUUUAUUAACCUGUGUCGUUGGUUGCUGGGUUAAUCCUCAAUCGUAUAUUUACCAGAUGAACAGAAUGUAUGUUUUCCACGUCUGUUACAAAGAGGUUUUAUUGAAUUCA